ACAGACAGACAGACUGACUGACUGACUGACUGAGACACAGAAAGAGGAAGAAAGAAAUAGGCAGACAGAGUGGAAUAACAGAGUUUCUCCUGAUGGAGACCCAGAAAAACAUCUGGGUCUCUGUCCUGCUCCUGGUGGCUGUUUUACAGCAGAACGUCACUGCAGGCUGUAACACUCAGAUAUGUAACACGGCAGUGGACGACUCCUUACACGAGUAUGGUGCGAAGACCUUGACCGAAGGUUUGCACAUUCCCUUCCGUCAGUAUGCUGGGAAGUACGUCCUCAUUGUCAACGUGGCCACCUUCUGAGGACUUACCUUCCAGUAUUUGGAACUGAAUGCACUACAGGAGGAGCUAAAAGAGCUGGACUUCGCAAUUCUCGGAUUUCCUUCUAACCAGUUUGGGAAACAGGAACCUGGGAGAAAUCAUGAGAUCUUGUCCAUACUAAAGUAUGUCCGUCCAGGCCAAGGAUUUGUUCCAAACUUCCAGCUCUUUGAAAGCGGUGAUGUGAACGGCAAAAACGAACAAAGUGUUUUCACUUUCCUGAAGAAUGCCUGCCCACCUGUCGGUGACAGCUUUGGAGACCCCAUCGGCAGGCUGUUUUGGGAGCCGCUGAAAGUUACUGACAUCAAAUGGAAUUUCGAAAAGUUUCUGGUGGGCCCUGAUGGAAAGCCUCUGAUGAGGUGGUUUCCAAGGGUGAACGUUUCCGAAGUCCGGGCCGACAUCAUAAAACUCAUCAAAGAACAGAAUUCCAAAAACUAAUUGACUCCAGAAUACAGAAUUACACAAACUCAGCUGAUACAAAUAUUCUUAAAAUAUUGAGAUAUUUGUAUCUUCAAAAGUCAUAUGUAUAGAAGAAACCAAGUUAAAAUUAGAGAAUCAUACUUUAGGUUAGGGUUUUUCAAUCCCACAGCUUCAGGACCAAAGAACUGAGUGAUUUCCACUCCAACAUACCUGACUUAGCACAUAAGCUGCUUCAGGCAUGUUGAGUUUAGGGAACCAUUCAGUUGUGAAGUAUUGUAGCCCUUCAGGCCCAGUUCACGUAGAACAGCUUUAGAAAAACAGAAUGAAAAAAAAGAAAAGAAAAAAAAAACAUUCCUUGAGUGAGGCAGGUAGGAGCAUGGUGCACCGUGGUGGUUCUCGAGACCUGGGCAUGUUCAUGAAGCUCAGGUUUAAAAGCAGGAUUUUCUGCAAAGCCUGAUUGGAGACUGGGGAUAAGAGCAGCUCUUCAGUGCAUUCAGGCUGCUUGGUUCCACCCAGACAUGUCUGGUUCUCUAGACUGACCCAUCAGACCCUGCUCCUAUCUGCAAGGAGUUCCUGUCAAUAAAGCAUUAAAGAAAAGCCGA